UGUUCAUCGAUAACUCCCAGCACCUCGGUACUUCUGAGAUUGUCGCAGACAGAACUAGACGACAAUGAAGGUACUCAUCAUCGGUGUCACUGGAUUUAUUGGUCUGCCUGCCGCACAGGCAUUCGUCCGAGCUGGACACAUAGUCUACGGCGUGACACGCUCAGCGCAGAAAGCCAAGAAGCUUGCUGCAGAAGAGAUCAUCCCAAUUGUCGGCGAGACCGAGGACACCUCUGUUUGGGCCCCUCUCGUCUCCACUCUCGACGUCGUAAUCGAGGCCAUCAGCGGGCCCGACGUCCGCGUCCUCUCCCAGAGGCUCCUCACCGCGGCCGCCGAGGCCGCGCAGAAGUACCGCCCCGCCCAUGCCCCCACGCUCACAUACAUCUACACCUCGGGCAUGUGGGUGCACGGUGACAACCGCAAAGACAUUGUCACGGACACGACACCCCUCACGAGCCCGAUCGACUUCGUCGCGUGGCGACCAGCAUUUGAACAGCUCGUCGUCACCAACCCCGCUGUGAACGGCAUUGUCAUCCGCCCAGGGCUGGUGUAUGGGCGAUCGGGCUCGAUCACAGCGAUGCUGUUUAAGAAGGCGUAUGAGGGGAAGGUGGCAUGGUUUGGUGCACCUAGAGGCCGAUACGCGGUGAUUCACUGCGACGACUUGGCGGAGAUGUACCUGCUUGUGGGGGAGAAGGGUUCAAUCUUGGGCGGAAAGACGUUCGAUGCUGCGAAUGGUACGGAGAGUGUGGAUGACAUCCUGCAGAAGCUCGUGGGGGUGUCGGGUGCGAAGGGGCCGUACGAGUACAUCCAAGCAAGUAACCCGUUCGAGAAGGCCAUCGGCACAACGGGCCUUGCCCGUCCGUACCUCGCACGUAGUCUUUUAGGUUGGCAGCCCCGGAAAGCUGGUCUCGUAGACCACCUGGAGAUCUACUACAGCGCGUGGAAGGCGAGCGAGGAUCUGUAAAGCCAGUAGUUAUGACGGAGUGUACCAACAGCCUCAUGAAUCUCGUGUACGAUAGUUUCCAUCAACCUGGAUAGCAUGAGAGCAUCAUUAUGAGCACCAUAUCCCUCAGUAUCACUUUAUAGCCCAAGCCUAGUUUGAAUCCACGU